AUGAAGGCCGGUGGAGAUAAGCGUGCAUCAACCCCAAGCUCGAAGACCGCCAUGCAUGGAAUGAAUCCAAGAGUUGUUAUGAUGUCUUAUCUAUCCGUUGAGCGUGUGACAUGUUUUUAUGACAUGUUCGUCAUGGAAAGCCUGGAUGCUGUUCAAUUAGAGUGA